AUGGGAAAAGUGUUUCAGUCUGGGUGGGUGCGAGGAACAGUCACCCCGAUUCCUCAGAGGCUCUCGGGGUUCUGCUCCGUCACUCGGUCCGCAGUCUCAGUCCACUGCAGGAGGAAUAUUGGUGUUACAGCAGUGGCACUCAGUAGGGAACUUGAUCCUGUACAGAAAGUCUUCGUGGACGAGAUUAGAGAAUCCAGAUCUAAGCGACAGGCGUCUGCGGGGCCUGUUGCUACUGGCCCAGAGCACCGGCGAGAGUUGGAGAGGGAGGUUUUCCAGCUUAAGCAAAUGUACGGUAACGCAGACAUGAAUGCGUUCCCUGACUUGAAAUUUGAAGAUACCAAAUUUGAAGUCAGCAAAAAACCUCAGUCCUGA